AUGCUCCUGUAUGGGCUUCUCCCCCUGAUACUAAUAACACUAGCAUACUCAUUUAAAGUGAUGAGAAUAGUUAUCCCGAACACGAGCGGAUUGAAUGUUGUAGAUAGCAACUUCGAGCCAAAGUACUUCACAAAAAAUAAGUUACGUUUUGUUAGUCCCUAUGUAUACACAUAUAAACUCUACACGAAAAAAAGAUGGAUAGGAAAAAGAAUUUCAGAUGUUUUAACCUCCGAAUUCUGUGCUUACGAUUUAAGCUACAUCAAGGAAUCUAUAAGAAAAGGUUACAUAAAGGUAAACAAGGAAAAUGUGUCGUGUGAUUACCUCCUGAAAAGCAACGACCUAAUCCAACAUAAGCUCCUGUUAUUCGAGAAGCCAGUCAUAUGUAACAAAAUAUUAAUUCUUUACGAAGAUCAAAAUUUCAUUUGCGUGUACAAGUCUGCUAGUAUGCCUACCCACCCGGUUGGCUUCUAUCAGUAUAACUCUCUUCUGCGAAUUCUGCAAAACUAUAUCAGCUCCACUUUACGGAAGGAACAACUCUCUGGAGAGGAGAACAUCGGACAGACAAACCCAAAGGAUGAACAGACAGAACGGAACGAAGGGGAUGUCAUCAAAAUCAGCUUCAAUUAUAAGGAAGCCACCAUUAAAGACAACCCAGGGGUGGAAUCCCCUUCUCCUCAGAAUGAAGAACCCCAACAAGGGAAGGAACAGAAUGGAGACAACGGCAUAGAUUUGGGGGAGAGACAAAUAGAAGGACAUGCAGAUGAUGUGGUAGAAAACGCGAAGAAGAGAAAGCAAGAAAAAAUAUUUCUAGAUGAUAAUAAGUGCCUGAACAAGUCAGGUGAAAAUCGUAAAAAAGUAGCCACAAAUUUAAGAGCCGAAAAUAUCAAUGGGGAUGAUUAUCUUACCAACGAGAGAGAUUUAAACGAGACCAUAUAUACAUUAAACAACGUAAGGAGCGUGCCACCAUGUAGCAUCGAGUCUUCAGAGGAGGGAAAAAAGCAGAACGAAGAAAAGGCCAACACAGACAAGUCGGCAAAACCACCUGUAGAGCCCAUAUCGGAAAAUGUGCAACGCCGGGUUAAACAACACAAGUCUUAUAACAACGAAAGGAAAGAUAAGCAGGAAAAAGACGACUCCUACAUUUACACAUUGCACAGACUGGACAAGCUAACUUCAGGCAUUGUGAUGUUUGGGAAAAAUAAAAACUUCUCCACGUUCUUCUCACAGAACAUCUCAAAUAAUAGCAUAAAGAAAUCUUACAUUACGAGAGUGGAGGGAGAUUUCCGUAUCCUCAUUAGAACACUCUUGGAUGAGAAAAAGGUGAUUGACGACAUGGACAACAAAACUCUGAACGAGUUAGUAGAAGAUUAUUGUUCUGUUGGUAAGGACGAUUCACCUCUCCCACUCAACGGGGGAAACUCGUUUAAAAACGAUAUUUUCCUACACAGAAAUAGUUACUGCGAGGAGGGGGCCCUCAGUGGGCAAGGCGACAUGGAUACGUUGUCGUCCAUCAUUCGCGAAAAGAGGAACUACCUUCUGGAUGAAUUUGACGUGGAGAAAUUCGAAUUGGGAUGUGAACAAAGAGGAAACGACGGAGACGUAAGCGGAGGGCACGGACAUUGCAAUCGCUCUGGUGAAGAGGACAACCCCCUCCGACAACACUUCGUGGUCGACUUCGGAUACAUGUACUGCGAAAAUAAAAAACUGCUUAAGUACGUUUUUACAAAGUACUCAGAGAAGAAUCGCCAAAUCGCGGAGGAGUAUUGCCUGAAACCGAGCAUCACUCGAUUUAUGUUUCUGGCGUACAACCCCGAGUUGAACGAAUCACUCGUCUUGUGUCAACCCAUAACGGGAAGGACCCAUCAGAUAAGGGCCCACCUGAAAAGCUUGUCCUUCCCAAUAUCAAACGACCCUCAGUACAACGAUAAUUUUGCCAAGGAGUACAUGGACAAGUCAGUUUAUUUGCACUUUCAUGAGGGGGACCAGUCGCAGGAAGGAACCGCGCUCAGCCAAGAUACAAAUGGAACAGCAAGUGACACACAUGAUGAGCUAACCUCUGCACCGAUUGCCAAAACAAAUUCGGAAAAGGAAGACAACCUUGAAAAAUAUACCCACUUUCCUCUCAUCCCAUUCGUAAACACAUCCUUCCAUUGGCUCUACGACGAGAAAAUCGACUUGAACGACACAUACAACGAAGCAGAUUUGAAUAAUUACUUUUUUAAAAAAAUUAGCAACAUCACUUAUCACAGCUCUGGUAUAUUUUUGCACUCCUUUCGAUACACAUGGGAAAAUGUGUUUGAUGUUUUUACGCUUCUUCCAAAGUGGUGUUCCUUGUUUCACCUUCCCAAGGGCCUACUCACCUUUCUGCUAUAUGGCUCUCUGUCGUAA